AUGGGUGGUGAGGCUACCGUUCCCAUUCAUACAUACAUGGCUUUGCCACAUAGCAUGGAGCUUUGGGCAAGAAUUGAAGGAAAUGCGACAUUAACAGUUGAGCUGGAAGAAACAUCACGCGCUGAUGCACCAGCAACAGCUAUCACACAUAAAACAAAAAAAGCAAACAUGAUUCCAAUAUUCUUUGUAUUGAGACAUUCAAUAUAUCGCAGCGUUGAGGGACAUACGUAUUCGUUAAGUGCCAGUAUUAAAAAUGAAAAGCAUGAGUUAUUAUAUGCCACUCAAACUCGAGUUAUAUUAAAACCAGAGAUUUUUGAUGAAAAGAACAAUCGUAUAGUAAUUGUUGUGCUUAUUAAAAAAACGACACCAGCUUCGGGAAAACGCGAAUGGCCAGAAUUACUUGGUAGAAAAGGUGAAGAAGCAGUUGAAAUUAUUAAAAAAGAAUCAGAUAGCAGAUCACUAGUAGUAUCAGUUGCAAAUUUCUUUUUUGAUUCAAAAUAG